UUUAUCUUUGUUUCUUCAUAAUCUGACCUGAUUCUUCCUUUUGAUAUGUUGACUAAUAACUCUAUAAGAGCUUAACACUCUCGUCAUCGAUCUUUUUCCGUCUUUGCUUAGCUAUGAGUUUGAAUUUUCCAAAGCGUAUCACCUGAAAUGAGUCUUUAAAGAAUCCUGCUUUGCUGCAACAUAAAUCUCCAUUAGCUUUAAUUCUAAUUAUGGAUUCUAACUCAUCAGCUGUUGCUUUCUGAUAUAGAUCUCGGAAGACUAAGUCCUCGAUUGGUUCAUCUUACAAUUCUCUGUUAUUGACUUUGAUAAACUAUUUUUCUUGUCAUCCUCACUAUCUUCACAAUCUUCAUUUCUAGCUAUACUAAAACAGGCUUUCGAACGUUAUCAUAAUCGAAGGUUUGGAUUGCCCAGUCUCUAAUUAUUAUGGGGUUAGAUUAAGAAAAUGAUAUUCCCAAAGUUACUUUGGUAAAACAAAGCUGGAUUCCCAAAAAUUCUAGGCAAGGAAUAAAGAUUUUAAUAUACUUGACUUAUUUUAGUAAUCAUUAAUAUCUACAAAU